CUGAAGCACACUCACUUGCUCGCCUUCAUCUUGAACGACGAUCAACAAAGACCAGCGACCAACAGCCCUUCACUGUGGUUUCCCCCUAAUUAUCUUGUAAUACUCGGACAAGAACAGUCCACACAGCGCACAUAAGCAUAUACGCUACCAGGCCCAAAGUUCCUCGCGUUUCGAUAUCGACGGAAAACAACAAAAGUUAUUCGAAGGGGACAUAAGGCAAAAUACAACGACCUACCCAUUUACCUCUAAGCCAACUCGCCAGGAAGCAGUCAACAAAAAAGACAACAUGCCUUCGAUCACAAAGACCCUCGGCCUGAUCACGGCAGGCCUAGCAGCCUUGACCUCGGCCUUGCCCGCAAUCCCCAAGUUGACGGAUAACCAACUCAACAUCCACAGCCUCAUGAGGCGACAAAAUGCCCUGGCCGCCGCCGCAGGCCUGACGGAUGUUGAUAUCCUGGAAUUCGCUCUCACUCUCGAGCUCCUCGAAGCGGCCUUCUACCGCGAAGGCUUCGCCAAGUUCCCCGCCGCCGACUUUACCGCCCUCGGGCUCUCCGAGUCUCAGAUCAAGGACCUGAAGAAUAUCGGCAGCACCGAGGAAGAGCACGUAAUCCUGCUCCAGGGCGCCAUCGCCGCCGCCGGCGUCAAGCCCGUGCAGGCAUGCACUUACAACUUCGCCGCCGUCAACUCUGCCGCCGCCAUGGUCGCCACGGCCGCCGUGCUCGAGAACGUCGGCUUGUCGGCCUACCUGGGCGCGGCGCAGCUCGUGACCGACCCGGGCAUCCUGACCACCGCGGCCUCGAUCCUGACGGUUGAGGCGCGCCACCAGACCUUCAUCAGGGCGGCGAGCGGCGUGGUGGCGGUGCCGCAGGCCUUCGACACACCCUUGUCUCCCAAGCAGGUGUUCAGCCUUGCGGCGCCCUUCAUCACGAGCUGUCCCGAGGGAAGCAAUCUGAUCUUGACGGCGUUUCCGACGCUGACGAUGGGCGGGGACGGGAAGACGGUGGCGGCUGCCGGGUCGGAGGUAAAGCUGCAGAGCAGCGAUACGUCGGCGACGGCUGGCGCGAAGUUCUGCGCCUUCACCACGGGUGGCAUCCCCGGCGGUACGGCGUUCACGGCGUUCGAUGCUGCUACGGGCGGGUGCGUGGUGCCACAGGGCUUAAAGGGAGUUGUUUAUGUGAACUUGGCGAGCGCGGGCCCGUUGACAGGCAAGCUGACGGAUGAUAUCAUCGUGGCUGGUCCGAUCGUAAUGCAAGUGUCGUGAAAAGGUUGAAGGGGAGCGUCGGU